AUGUCGGCCCUCUCCCUGCUCUGGCUAGCCAUCAGGCACCCCUCCGAGCUCCGCAGUCUCGUGACGUACAAAGUCUGGCGCGAUCCCUUGAACGACAUCAAAUCCUCUCCCGAUUCGGGCUGGGAGCGUCAGACGAUGAAGGACUGCUGGUCCUUGCUAGACGACACUUCUCGCUCUUUCGCCGCGGUGAUCAAGGAGUUAAAAGGGGAAUUGUGCAGGGUAAUCUGCAUCUUCUAUUUGGUGCUGAGAGCGUUGGAUACGAUCGAGGAUGAUAUGACCAUCGCGCAGGACACAAAGGUUCCUAUGCUCAGGCAAUUCUACAAGAAGCUGCAGGUCAAGGGUUGGAACUUUGAUGGCAAUGGUCCGGACGAAAAGGACAGGCACCUCCUCGUUCAAUUCGACAAGGUCAUCGACGAAUUUGCCAGACUCGAUCAGCGGUGAGUGCGAGUGCGGGCGCGGGUGCGAGUCGAGGACGCACCGCAUACACAUGGCUCUUCCUGCUCAUCCCGCAAGCACCGCAUCCAUAUGGCCCUCCUGCUCAUCCCGCUCCGCUUCCACCCUCUCGCAGCUAUCAGAUUGUCAUUUCCGACAUUUGCGCAAAGAUGGGCGCAGGUAUGGCCUCUUACAUCCUCGCCACUUCCCAAUCGCAGUUGGUGGUGCAAAAAUGGUCAGACUACGACUUGUACUGUCACUUUGUGGCCGGAUUGGUGGGAGAAGGUCUUUCGCGACUCUUUGGAUCCAGCGGUAUCGAGAGACCUUGGUUGGCCGAUCAAUUGAGCCUCUCCAACCACAUGGGACUCUUCUUGCAAAAGACGAACAUCAUCCGCGAUUAUGCCGAGGAUUGCGAGGAUGGAAGGCAUUUCUGGCCGGCGGAGUGUUACUCUGCCCAUGGUUUUGCUGCUCAGCCCGACGUUGCCAAGGGAAUCGUAGCCGCAGGGGGCGGUCACUUCAAAGCGCAAGGGGAGCUCGGGUCAAAGUCGAUGGAUGUGCUUUCGAGCAUGUUGUUGGACGCGAUGCAGCACGCCACAAAGUCUCUGGAUUACCUCUCGCUGCUAAGGGAACAGUCCUGCUUCAACUUUUGCGCAAUCCCUCAAGUCAUGGCCAUCGCCACCUUGGAGCUCAUGUUUGCCAAUCCGGACGUGUUCAAGCGCAACGUCAAGAUUCGAAAAUCCCAAGCGGUUCAAUUGAUCCUUCGAGCUGUGAACCCGCGCGAUGUAGCGUACAUCUUUUUGGAGCACGUGAAGCGCAUCCGAGGCAGAUUGUCCCCAGCCGACGUCAACUUUGUAGCAUGGACCGUGGAGCUGGGAAGGAUCGAAGUGUGGUGCGAGACGUAUUAUCCUUCGUUCAUCGCGACUGGAGGAAGCUCGGGAGGGCCAGAUGGACGAGCAGAAGGAUUGCGACGAUUUGCAGAGGAGCGAGCGACUCAAGCUAGAGUCAAGGCUAGAGCAGCGGGUCGAAAAGCGGUGGGAUUGAUCGAUCCAAAAGGCUUGAACGUGGACGCCAGCAAGGCAAACCUCACAAAGGAAGAGAGGGAAGCGCAAGAGAAAAAGGACCGAGAUGAUACGGUCAAAUUCUUCGUCAUCAUCUUGCUGGCCAUGACGGUCUUUAUGGCGCUCAUCGCUCUCGGAGGCUGGCUCAUUGCUUGGUACGUUACGCAAGAUGAGACGGAUCCUCUAACGAAGAACGCUAUCGCCUACUACCGAUUCGCCGGACAAAAGUUUGCGCAGUACUCCAGAGAGGCAAGAGUUGUUCUUGACGAUGGUGUGACUGCUCUUCGCAAAAAGACGGAAUUGUGA